UAAAAGAAGUAACUUUAGAGUUUGGAGGACUUUCAUUGGCUUGUCUUUGUCAAAAAGUCGUCGCUCUCAAGAACCCAAGAUCAGAUUCGGGAAGGACGACUCUACGUCUCGCUACGAUCACAUCCGGUGAAGAUCACGAGCUCCUGAAGGAGGAUGAAGAGAAAGUGGGACUCACCAGACGCAGCGGCGACCGCGUCCGUUUGUGUCGACGGCGGCGGCGAUUCGUCGUCGGGGGCCGAGUUCGAGGUGUUCUUGAGUUUCAGAGGCCCCGACACCCGUCUCAGCUUCACCGACUGCCUCUAUCACUCCAUGGUUGGAGCUGGGAUUCGCGUCUUCAGAGACGACGAAGAGAUCCGGAAGGGCGAAAAGAUUGGAGGCGAGCUUCUGCGUGCCAUCGAAUCCUCCAAAAUAUACGUGCCCAUCUUCUCUAGGAACUACGCAUCCAGUGCGUGGUGUCUUCGGGAGCUCAAGCACAUGGUGGAGUGCUCACGCAAAGCGAAUGAGAAAGUGAUCCUACCCAUUUUCUACGACGUGAAUUCCGACGAUGUGAAGCUCAAAACUCCAUUGUAUCUCGACGCUCUGAAGAAGCACGAGGAGAAGUUUGGCCGUGAUGAUGUUCGAGAAUGGGAGGAGGCUCUGGCAGAGGUCGCAAGAAUCAAGGGAUGGGGCUUGAGGAACAGAGGCCAUGGCGAAAUCAUCAAUGCUAUUAUUGAUGAUGUUUUGACUAAGCUGAUGAAAAGAAUGAGAAAUUUGCCGGAUCAUUUAGUCGGGAUUCAUGAUCAUGUGGAAGUUAUCAUGGACUUGUUAAACAUCAGUUCUCCUGAAGUAUGUUACCUGGUCAUCCAUGGAAUGGGCGGAAUCGGUAAGACAACCCUUGCAAGUGCUGUCUUUAAUCAAAUUUCCAAUCAAUUUCAAGGCUGUAGCUUCCUCUUGGAUGUGCGCGAAUCAGCGCAACAUGGUAGAAUUAUUGACUUACAAAAACAGUUGUUAUCAGAAAUUCUCCAAGCCAAAUCUCUAGGUAUCCACGAUUCUGUUCAUGCAGGGGUUAGCAUAAUUAGAGAGAGGUUUCGUGAUAAGAAAAUUCUCAUUGUUCUUGAUGAUGUAGAUAAGUGGGACCAAUUGUCUAAAUUAGCAGAAAAGAUGAAUUGGUUUGGUCCUGGAAGCAAAAUCAUCAUUACAACAAGGGACAUCAAUUUUUUACCGAUCAAAGAGGAGGAGAAACAGAGUAGUUGCCUAGCACAUUCUGAAGAGUUUAAGAUCUAUGAAAUGACAGAAUUGGAUUCUUUCCAUGCUCUUCAACUUUUCAGUCAACAUGCCUUCAGGAUGGAUUUCCCACCGCAUGACUAUGAUGAUAUCUCACGCAAAAUCACUCACAAAACUGGUGGACUUCCAUUAGCUCUCGAGGUUAUUGGUUCUUCACUUUGUUGCAAAAGCAAAGAGUUUUGGAAAGACACGUUGAAGAAAUUAGAUUUGGUGCCUAAGCAGGAAGUCAUUAAUAGAUUAAAGAUCAGUUACGAUAUGUUAGAGCAUCAUCAAAGAGAGAUCUUUCUUGACAUCGCAUGUUACUUCAUUGGAAAAGAAAGACUUUACCCGUACUAUAUGUGGAAAGCUUCUAACUAUUUCCCAAAAUGUGAAGUACUUGUCCUUUUUCGAAUGUCUUUGGUAAAGAUAGUAGGAAUCAACGCACUGUGGAUGCAUGAUCAAGUGAGAGAUCUUGGAAGGGAGAUUGUCCGACGCGAAGACGUCAAUGUUCCAGGGAAUCGUAGUAGGUUGUGGUUACCAAAGACUGCCUUGGACGUGAUUCAGAUGAAAGAGGGGACGAACAAAGUCAUAGCACUCAGACUAACAGGACUCUCCAAAGUGCACAAUUUCACGAGUGAAGAAUUUUCAAUGCUGCCCAAUCUAAAAUUCUUGGAAUUGGAGGGGGGGAACAUGGUAGGGGACUUUAAAAAUCUUCUCUCCAAGUUAAUAUGGCUCUCUUGGAGCAAUUGCCCUUCGGAAUUAAACGCGACGAAUUUAUGUCUGAAGAAACUAGUUGUGCUCAAGCUUUCAGGAAAUAACAUUACCGAAGAUUGGGCCGGAUGGAAGCCAUGCUUGGUGAGCGAGAACUUGAAAGUUAUAAAAAUCUCCACUUGCAAAAGCUUGAAAAGGACUCCUAACUUCUCAAAAUGCUUGAAUUUGAAGAGAUUGGUUGUUGCAGGUUGUACAACCUCGCUGGUGGUUGAUGGCUCUCUCUCUAAACUAGAGCGCCUUAAGUACUUGCAAAUCCAACCUCAUUGUAUUCUGCUGAGAGAGGAUCGCGACCUUUAUGAGGUACCUUUUGUAUUAAGUGGUCCAAAAUCCCUCUCAACGUUAGAAAUAAGUAAUAUGCCAGUUCGAGAACUUCAUCAUUCCAUUGGAGAGAUGAAGGGUCUGGAGUAUUUGUCUAUAGUCGGUUGUUGUUUUCUUAGAACACUUCCAGAUUCCAUCGGAAAAUUGAAAUUGUUGCUUGAAUUGAGAUUGGAAAACACAGGAAUCACAGAAUUACCUCAUUCUAUUGGAGAUCUUAAAAUGUUGAGGAAGAUGAGUCUCACUGGGACUCGGAUAAAGAAGCUACCAAACCAAAUAGGAGGGCUAGAGUGCUUGCUUGACCUAGAUUUGAAGGGAACUGAUAUCUCAGAAUUACCUUCUUCUAUUGCGAAUCUCAAAAGGUUGGAGAUUUUAUGUCUAGACAAGACUGCGAUAAAAGAGCUACCAAGGGCUAUAGGGAUGUUGGAGAGUCUUAAAGAGUUGAAAGCCCGAGCCUGUCAAAAUUUGGAAGGGGAUAUUCCAAAUGAAAUUGGGGGUCUUUCUUUUUUGAGGAUAUUAGACCUUAGAAGGAGCAUGAUUAGGAGAUUGCCCAUGACUAUGAAUCAGCUUUUUCAUCUCCAGGAACUUUAUUUAGAUUUCUGUGAUGAAUUUGAACAGAUCCCAAUGCUCCCCAUGAGUUUGAAGGUGUUGAGGUUAGAGCUCCCCAUGAGUUUGAAGGUGUUAAGGUUCUCAUCUUAUUUAUUGUGGAACGCCCCUGACCUUUCAUACCUAACUAGUUUAGUCAAUCUUUAUAUAUAUAACUACGCUUCUCAGUUGUCAGAAUUCAGACAUGGAGCUCCAAAGAUAAAGUGGAUUGAGGGGUUAUUUAAUUUGGAGAGCUUGACGCUCAUAGCGAGAGAUGUCACAUUUCCUCUUAUUAAUUUGGCUACUCUUUCUCGGCUUCGUAUUCUUGCAAUUACUUGUGUUGACUCCCGAUCUCUGGGGGGGCUUCCGUCCAGUCUUGAGGAAUUGUCUCUAUACGAUGUCAAGUCUCCGAUGGAAAGGUCUCUCUUUUCCAACUUGACAAAUCUGUCCCAAUUGGCUCUUUAUAAAUGUUGGUUGAGGGAGGUCGACUUUGAUGAAGUGCUUGGACAACAGCUGGUGAAACUCCAUAGAUUGGAGGUGAUGGAUAACGAAUUGCUUGAGAGGCUAUCCGUAUCAAGAUUAACGGGGCUCCAAGAGUUGUAAGUGUUUAAUUGCUCGAGCCUGAUGAAGAUUCAAGGCGUGGAGAAACUGGGAUCGCUAGAGACAUUGAAUAUUCAAGCAUGCAGUUGCUUAGAAAGGUUGCCUGAUUUGUCAGAAUUAAAGAAGCUGGAGACGGUGAUACUCGUACAUUGUCCAUUGCAAAAUUUGCCUGAUUUACGAUUUCAAGACACGUGUCAUUUGACGGUUUUAGAAUGCCGGGGUUCACCUGAUUUUGCUGGCACUUACGGUAGCUGGAAGGACCAUAGUGAGGACGAUGUCAACAGCCAACUCUAGAAAUAAAGAAUCAUCUCAUAUUCUCUGACAGCUGAGUACAGGGAGAAGUUCGGAGUGACCGGCUGGGGAACGAAGUACCGAUCAUUUACUGCAUAGAAGCGAAGUGAAGAAAAAUACUCGAGUACCCAAACUUCUUACCAAAAAAAUUGCUGUAAUUGUGCCAAAACUUAAGGUUUUUAAGACAGUCAAAUCCUGUUCAUGUCAACAGGAUCGUUUCAGCCUUCUCAACCCAACACUUGUAAUAAAGAUCUCCACGUCACGAA